CUCAGCAGCAGACGGUGCAGAUGACCCUGGGGCUCUGCUGGGCUCCCUGGAGAGGAUGAGGUUUGGGUCUGUCCCCGCAUAUCCUGAGAGGGCAAGGUUGGGGGCAGCAGGGGAGGCUCCUCCCGGUCCUUUGAAAGCUCUUGGUUCAGCCAGGGCCCUGUCCGCCCGCCCACUCUGGUGGCAGCGCUGGGUGGCUCGGCCAGGUGAAGCGGCGAGGAGCCGGGUGCCCUGGGGCGGGCACACCCCCGGCGGGCUGCGCGCAGAGCCCUGCACAGAGCGCGGCGCUCUCCUUCCCGCCCGAGGCGGCCGUUCCGGAGGCUGAGCCCGGGGAACUCACCGCCCGCCUGGGCUGGCUCCCUCUGGCGCGUCCCUGCCACGAGAUGCCGCCUCUGCGUCCCGGACACAACGGCCGAAGGACGACCCCCGGCUCCCAAGCGACCCCGACGUACCCCCAGUUCUAGCGGGGACCCCGCCGCCUCCCGUAGCCGGGCGCCCUGGUCCGGAGCUCACCUUCCCGAGCCCCCGCCGCCCCGCGACCACCGGGGGCGGGGACAGCGAGUGCGGGGCGGGCUCCAGAGGGGGUGGCCUCGCCGCAGCUCUCCGGGUCUAAGGAGCUAGGGAGAGCGCAACUCCCCCCCAAGCCGGGAGAGAGCCUCCCGAGGAGAAGGAGAGAGGGCACUUGUUCCCUGCCAGCGAGUUUCUGGAAGCGUGUAUUGUCCCCGGCUCUAGAAGGAAGAAACCUGACCCUCGCCCGCUGGGCGCCGAGAUGCCGCAGGCUUAAAUGGAGCUCCGAUACUGCACCCCAAGAAUGCUGGCAGGGACACUGACUCAUUAAGGGAGAGCAGAGCAUCGGCAGAGAAUGGGGCAUCGGCCUGCAGAUAUUGCUCCGGAUUUCCCAGCAGUGUCACUCAGAGCUCUGCAGGGCCAGAUGGAGAUCACUAUGGGGGUCGUGGAUGAGAAUGUCACCAACUCCUCCAUCAGUUUCCUCUCUGUACUCAACCCCUAUGGAGCCUAUGCUGCGUCUUUCCCGUUCAACACCAGCUAUGGUGACUAUGAUAUGCCCCUGGAUGAAGAUGAGGAUGUGACCAACUCCCGGACGUUCUUUGCUGCCAAGAUUGUCAUUGGCAUGGCCCUGGUGGGCAUCAUGCUGGUCUGUGGCAUUGGCAACUUCAUCUUUAUUGCUGCCCUGGCCCGCUAUAAGAAGCUGCGUAACCUCACUAACCUGCUCAUUGCCAACCUGGCCAUCUCUGACUUCCUGGUGGCCAUUGUCUGCUGCCCCUUUGAGAUGGACUACUAUGUGGUGCGCCAGCUCUCCUGGGAACACGGCCACGUCCUGUGCACAUCUGUCAACUACUUGCGCACUGUCUCUCUCUACGUCUCCACCAAUGCUCUGCUGGCCAUCGCCAUUGACAGGUAUCUGGCUAUAGUUCACCCGCUGAGACCACGGAUGAAGUGCCAAACAGCCACCGGCUUGAUUGCCUUGGUGUGGACGGUGUCCAUCCUCAUCGCCAUCCCAUCUGCCUAUUUCACAACGGAGACAGUUCUCAUCAUUGUCAAGAGCCAGGAGAAGAUCUUCUGUGGCCAGAUCUGGCCGGUCGACCAGCAGCUCUAUUACAAGUCCUACUUCCUCUUCAUCUUUGGCAUCGAGUUCUUGGGCCCGGUGGUCAUCAUGACCCUGUGCUACGCCAGGGUCUCGCGGGAGCUCUGGUUCAAGGCGGUCCCCGGGUUCCAGACGGAGCAGAUCCGCAAGCGGCUGCGCUGCCGCAGGAAGACGGUGCUUGUGCUCAUGUGCAUCCUCACCGCCUACGUGCUGUGCUGGGCGCCUUUCUACGGCUUCACCAUCGUGCGCGACUUCUUCCCCACCGUGUUUGUGAAGGAGAAGCACUAUCUCACUGCCUUCUACAUCGUGGAGUGCAUCGCCAUGAGCAACAGCAUAAUCAACACCCUGUGCUUCGUGACCGUCAAGAACAACACCAUCAAGUAUUUCAAGAAGAUCAUGCUGUUCCACUGGAAGGCUUCUUACAAUGGGAGUAAGUCCAGCGCUGACCUUGAUCUCAAAACCGUGGGGAUGCCUGCCACUGAAGAGGUGGACUGCAUCAGACUGAAAUAACCCAAAGCGCCUUGCACAGUUGAAACCCAAGACAGGAUCUUUGGGUCACUGAUCAGUGAACUUGGAUACAUGCGUCGACCUCAAACUCCUGGUUUUCUGCAGAGGACAGAGUAAAUGUGUCAUGAGAACACUGUGUUCAAGGAGCUCAGAAUUUCUAAACCUGAGGUGAUAAGACAUUGUCAUUAGUAGACAUUCAUUAAAUGUCUAAUGUGUUUGAAGAAUAGGCACUGGUGAAACCUAAUAAGUUGAUGAUAUUUAGUUGACAAAAUGAAAUAGGGAUUAAAUCAUGGAAAAUGUGGUGUAGAGUCUCUGGAAUAAGGAGGGAGCUGGAGCAGGUAUCUAGGAGCACAGUGCAUGUGUGGGCAGUGUGAAGAUCUCUCCAAGUCAUUGCAGCUGCUUAUCACAUCUGGCGCAUCUCUAGGAGUGCCCUUAGGUUCAAGUUCACUCUUGACAUUUUCAAGAAUGCAAUGGAGAGUCCCACCUCUUUUUGCAGUCCUUCUCUUCUCAUCCCUGCUUCUCAUCCUCACUGGGAAGAGUCAUGCAUGCCUGCACAUGGAAACCCAAGGAUUCAUGGCCAAGUUUGUGCAAACUCCCCCCUCCCCUGCCACACAAUGCCUUAUGUAGGGAUCUGCAUAUACAUAAGGCUUAUUAUCAUCAAGAGGAUGGACUUGGGGAAGAAGCCCCAAGACCCCGGACAGCAUUUGGACAGGGAAUUACAGAGUUUUGAAUCUUUGGGGCAGAUCUGGAGAAGGGAAGCCUGGGCUCAGAGUGGGUGGAUCCAUGAACUAUUCAUCCUGGGGUGAAGGGAGGUACAGAGGGAAGAGUCAAACAGGACUUCUGAAAGCAUGUGGGGCUCAGGGCAGGCGCUUAAGUUCUUUGGGUAUAAGGAUGCUGCUUCUUUGCCUCUCAGUUAUUCUGGCCUGAACCUAUUAGGUUUCUCAUUAAAUCCUUUCCUUCUUUCUUAUGUCUCCAUGCCUGUGCAGCACAGAAGCUUUGAAAGUUGACACAGUACCUCCUGGAUGGGCCAACAAAAUAUGUGAGAAAAUGCUUCCAACCAUACAAUGCCACCCGCAACACCAUAAUAAUUCUGGGUAGUGUACUUGGACAAAGAAACCCCUGUUACAUCUCCUUUCAAUAUUCUUUCUGUGAAUUAUCCCCCUACCUUUUUAUUUUUUUGGCAGUGCCUCAUGCAUUCUCUUCCUAACAAUGUGGUACAAACAAGGCUGUGCUGUUUGACAGCAAAAAAACUUGAAGGGAAUGGCUAUGGGCCUCCAGUCAGGAACUGGACUUAGGGUGUUGGAAACUCCAGAAUCAGAGCAUCUUCAUGAUCAUGGAAGUAAUGACCAUCUUCCCCUGCAUGUUCCCAGUCAGCAGGGAUUUGGGUGAUGAAGUAGUGUUUCUCUCUCUGUUUUUAUUCUCAUCAGUGUGGAGACCUAGAGUGGACUUGUCCUGUUCUUUUUAUUGAAUUCUAGAGAGGAACAUUUUUGAGGCUGUGAUACCUCGGUCAAGUUUCCUCUCCAAGUAUAGUCAACUUUUUGUUUUAAGCAGCAAAGUUUUUUUUUUUUUUUUUAAUCAUUUCUUUAUUUCCAUGGAAAACACAUCUCAAAAACCUACAUAUUCUUCUCAUUCAUCACCCAACUGACUUACCCUAGUUUAGUUAGAAUUUUCUAAGAAAAUAAAAAUUAAUUAAAAUAUUAGCCUAAACCAAACACACAUUGGAAAGCAAUUCUUAUUUUUCUAAUAAAAUCACAUAUUACAUUCUAAAAUCACUAGUUUUGGAGUUAAAAAAUAAUAAGAUGAUGCAAUUUAUUGGUAUUGUGGUCACCAUGACUUUACAGAAUACUAAACAAGAGUUGACUGUAUUAAAUAGUACCUUUUUUUUUAAAUAAAUGACAACAAAAUUACUUUCUGCUUUUUAGCCUAAAAUGUAUAAAAAUUUUCACUCAUUUAUUGUCUGUAUAUUUCUAAGUAUUAGUGUCUGCUUGUGAUUUUAUAGUGAAUGAAAGUGUUACUAACCACUGAAAUAAAAAUAGAUGUAUGUACAUGA